AGUUGUAAAUAUCUGAAUUUUUAUGUUUAUUUUCUAUUAUAUCUCAUAAGUGAUGUUGUAAUUUGUAUACAUCAUAUUUAUAGUAUUGUUACUUCCUAUAAUGAAAUGGGUCUUUUAAGAAAAACAAUAAAUUGGUAUGCCAAGUUAGCUCCCGGUUGGGGUCGUUCCUUGCCUCCUUACGAACAUGUUGUUCAAAUCGGUGAUCCGAUAUUACGUAAAGUCUCAGAACCAGUACCGGUAGACAAAAUUAAAACUGAUGAAAUACAGAAAGUAAUACAAAAGUUAAAAUAUGUGCUUGAUAAAUAUGGUAGUGUAGGAAUGGCUGCGCCCCAGAUAGGAGUAAAUUUAAGAAUAUUCGUUAUGAGAUUAACCGCGACGCAGAUAGCGAAAAUCCCCGCAGAAACUAUAAAACUGAAGAAUAUGUCAGUAGUACCUCUUACUGUUUUCGUGAACCCUAAACUAAAAGUAGUCGAUUAUAAUAAAAUUAUACACAGUGAAGGCUGUGAAAGUGUAAGAUCAUUUUCAGCAGAUGUUGCAAGAUAUAAUGAAGUCCAAGUUAAAGGAUAUAAUGCAGAUGGAGAAGAAAUAUUGCAUGUGUUUAAAGGUUGGCCAGCAAGAAUAGCCCAACACGAAAUGGACCAUUUAGAUGGUAAACUAUACACAGACAUCAUGGACAGGAAAAGCUUACAUUGUAUAUGUUGGGACGAAGUCAAUUUAUCAAAAGGCAAGAUUGUAAUACCAUUCUGUCCACAAUAAUUGUUAGUGUAAAUGUAUAAUUGUUUAUUGUUAGUAAAUUAUUAAAAAAAUAUGUAUUCUCGUUACAAUAUCUUGGCAUCAUCA